AUUUUCUUUUCUUUUGAGAGUAGACAAGCGCCCGUGUAGUGGUGUGCUAUCUUUCGCGAUAAUUUUAAGGCUACAAAAUGAGUGCAAAUGAUCUAAAAUCAGAAGCUGCGUCGCUUGUUCAUCAAUAUUUGUUAUCAAUCGACAAACCUCUGGCACAAAAGUUCCUGUCCAUCGCUAAACCGAAACCAAGAGCUAAGACAUUGCCAACAUUAAUAGACAUAUUGACUAAUUUAAAAAAGAAUCCCACUACUAAGAAACAGGAAGAUUCUGAUGACUCUAGUGAUGAGGAACCACAAAAGAAACCUCAGGUGAAUGGCAAAGCCCCUGUGCCAAAGAAGGCAGACUCCUCUGACAGUGAUUCAGAAGAAGAAAAUCCACCCCAAAAGGUCAAUGCUGCAAAACCAAAACCACCUGCAAAAAAAGAUUCUUCGUCAGAUGAUAGCAGUGAUGAUAACGCUACACAAGCACCCAAAAAGCAACCAGUCAAACCACAAUCUACAAAUACAGCACAAAAAGUAGCCAAAAAACAGGACUCAUCAGACAGUGACAGUUCAGAAGAUGACAAACCUAAAGUAAAUAAUAAGACCCCUGUCAAAGUGCCUGCUAAGCCAACACAACAAAAGAAGGAAUCCUCAUCUGAUAGCAGUGAGGAUGAGAAACCAACACCUGCUAAGAAACCAGUUGCAAAAGCACCUCCACCUAAAGUUAAAGUACCAGCUAAAGAUUCAUCAGACAGUGAUGAUUCAGAUGAGGAAACUAAACCUCAGAAACCUUUAGCAAAACCUACACCAGUUAAAAAGCCUGUGGCUGCUAAAAAACAAGACUCUUCAUCAGAUGAUGAUAGUAGUGAUGAUGAGAAAACUAAGGCACCUCCUAAGACAACACCCAAACAACAACCCACUCCUGCUAAACAACCUGCAAAGAAACAAGAAUCAUCCUCUGAUGACGAUAGUGAUGAUGAGUCCAAUAAAGCAGCUCCUAAGUUACCAGUAGCUGCAGCAAAACCUUUGGCAAAAACAAAUAAGAAGGCAGAAUCAUCAUCUGAAGACAGCGAUGACAGCAGUGAUGAGAAGUCCAAACCUGCAGCUAAAGCUCAGCCUGCCAAGCCAGUUGCAAAAGCUACACACAAAAAACAAGAAUCUUCAGAUGAUAGUAGCAGUGAAGAUGAAAAACCGAAGCAGCAGAAACCAGUUGCAAAGCCAGUUAUUGCAAAGAAAAAGGAAUCCUCUGAUGAUAGUGAUGACAGUAGUGAUGAUGAAAAACCAGCUAAAAAACCUGCAGCUAAACCAACACCACAAGCCAAAAAGACUUCUAAAUCAUCAUCAGAAGACAGUGAUGACAGCAGUGAUGAGAAAUCAAAACCAGCAGCCAAAAGUCAACCUGCUAAAUCAGUAGCUAAAGCUACACCAAAGAAACAAGAGUCUUCAGAUGAUAGUAGUAGUGAAGAUGAAAAACCUAAACAAAAACAGGCCGCAAAAGCCACACCACAACCCAAAAAAAAAUCGAAAUCAUCAUCAGAUGAUAGUGAAGAUGAAAAGCCCAAGACUCCGGCCAAAACACCAGCUAAAAAAGAUUCAGACGAUAGUUCUGAUGAAGAUGAGCCACCAGCUAAAGUACAAAAAAAGGAGCCUGUAGAAAAUGGGUUCCAAAGCGGAAAGAAGAGAAAAGCAUCUGGAGGUGAUCCUACACCUGCUAAAAAACCAUACAACAAUUUCGUAAAGGAGGGCGAAAAUGGAGAUGAUGAAAAUGGAGAGGAUGAGAAUAACACGAGUGGCGGUUGGAACAACCGUGGGCGGGGUGGUUUUAGAGGCGGGUUCCGCGGGCGGGGAAACGACAGAGGCGGUCGAGGGGGGAGGGGUGGCUUCGGGGAUCGGGGAGGCUUCGGAGACCGGGGUAGAGGAGGCCGCGGUGGUAGGGGAGGAUUCGACAGGGGAGGCAGAGGCGGCUUCGGAGGUCGUGGAGGCGGAGACCGAGGAGGGCGGGGCUUCGGCCGCGGGGGCGACAGGGGCGGGCGCGGGGGACGCGGCGACCGCCACUCGUGGGGCGGAGACCGAGGUGGAUUCAACAAUCGAGGGGGUUUCAAUAACAGAAAAAGUUUUGAAGGAGGAGAAAAUCAAAAUAAAAAGAUAACUUUUGAUUAAUAGUUUGGUGCUAGAGGAUCGUGGGGUGAACGUGCGAACCAAGACUUGAAACAUACGCGAGGGAAGUCAUUCAAACAUGA